GAUGAUGAUGGAGUUGUGAGGAGGGAGAGCUGUCAUCAUAUGGAGGAUCAUCACCGUAAAGUCUUUAAAACGUAAAUAAAAUGUGUUCAUAGUGUAGUUCAGAAGUGCUGUCUUCACCCUAUGAUACUGUGGAGGAAAGACGUGUUUAAGGAGGAAACCAGAAGCAAGCGAUGGAGGCUCACAGUUCAGGCGGCGGCAGGAAGAGGAAGAGAGAGAGAGAGAGGUCGAACGGAGAGAUAGCGGAGGGAGAGAGUUUCCCAAAAAUGCCUUGCAGGACUGUGGGCCUGAGGGAACCUGCACCAUUCGCUGAUGAGCUGGUGACUCCAGAAUCAGCAUAUGCACGUGUCAGUAUGGAAGAUGCCCUUCGUGGUACUCCAGAGGAGCGUCCGGUACGCGUCUAUGCUGAUGGGAUCUUUGACAUGUUUCAUUCGGGACACGCUCGGGCCUUAAUGCAGGCCAAGUGCCUUUUCCCCAACACGUAUCUGAUUGUGGGUGUCAUGAAUGAGGACGAGCGUUACGAUGCAGUGUGUCACUGUCGGUAUGUGGAUGAGGUCGUCCGCAAUGCUCCAUGGACACUCUCGCCUGAAUUUCUAGCCGAACACAGAAUAGACUUCGUUGCUCAUGACGACAUCCCGUACAUCUCAGCCGGAACUGAUGAUGUUUACAGACAUAUAAAGGAUGCAGGUAUGUUUGCACCGACUCAGAGAACAGAGGGCAUCUCCACGUCUGAUAUAAUCACUCGUAUUGUUCGUGAUUAUGACGUUUAUGUGCGCCGUAACCUGCAGAGAGGCUACACUGCAAAAGAGCUCAACGUCAGCUUCAUCAAUGAGAAGAAAUACCACCUGCAGGAACACGUUGACAAGGUGAAGCAGAAGGUGCGAAACGUGGAGGAAAAGAGUAAAGAGUUUGUGCAGAAGGUGGAGGAGAAGGGCAUCGACCUCAUUCAGAAAUGGGAGGAGAAAUCACGCGAGUUCAUCGGAAACUUCCUGCAGAUGUUUGGGCCGGACGGAGCACUGAAGCACAUGUUGAAGGAGGGAAAAGGACGGAUGUUACAGGCCAUCAGUCCCAGACAGAGUCCCAGCAGCAGCCCCGUCCGCGAGGAGCGACCUCCCUCACCCAGCUUCCGUCUUCCCUUCUUCACCUCUUCUCCAUUCUUCUCUCCUCACAGCGGCUCACACCACUUCAGCAAAGAUGACGAUGACGACUAGAUGUCUGUUUCUAUAACCCAAGCGUCUGUUGUUCCACAUUGUCCCUGUUUUACACUCUUUCUUCAAGCGAGUAGUCAAGAAUGACGGUCUGGCUUAAGGUUUAUCUGAAUAAGGAAAUCAGUGUUCAUGAAAUGCACAAAUUAUUCCUCUCCCUCUCUCUCCCUCUCUCUCUCUCUCUCUCUUUCUCUCAAUCUCUCUCUCUUUCUGAAGAUUUUUAUCCCACAUCUCGCCCUCGCUUCAGGGAGAUUUGCCACACACCACUACACCAAAAGACUCCAUAUUGUUGGGCUUUUCUUUUGGAUACAUUUUGUAUUCGGCCUUGCAUAAUUAUACACUUCACAUUAUUUUGUUUCCCCGACAGCGCGUCUCGUUCUCAGCGGCAGAAAACUCACAUUCACCUGCUUUCAUUGUUUAGAUCCUUCCAUACUUGAACAGCGGCCAAAUCUGAGAGCGAUUCCAGCUCGAGGGAGGGCCAGCAAUCUGCUUUUCUCCUUGUAUAGUCUGUCUAUAACUCAACGUGAAGAUCUGCUUUUAUUUUGCACUCGCUCAUCAGUCUUUCUGACUCUUUUAGGCUGAAGUUUACUGUCUGGUUUUCCCUCAUACGAACCCUCUCUCAGAGUCUGAUGUGAAGUAAUAAUUCCAGGCGUCUGGCAUCUCCAUUAAACCCAGUGUUACGCUGUGGCAUGAGUCCCAGGCUUUCUGAAAAGGAUUUGCCCGCUGAAUGUUUACAUUACCCAAGCCCAGCGAGGGACAGUGUUACACGCAGGAGAGCCAAGACCUGUUUGUUUACAUGUUUGCGUAGGACAGGAAGACCACGGUAGGAUUACAUGAUGCUUGCCAAUAGACUAAAACACAACUCAGGACAGGAGUAUUAGCUGAAAAUCAAUAAAGACUGAAGUAAAUCGCUAAA